UGCUGGGGCUGGCGCAGGACGGCGUGGCGCUGCCCGCGCACGAGGCGGCCCAGCCCAGCAUGCUGCAGCGCAUCCUCACCGCCCGUCCGCUGCCGCCGCCCGCCGCCGACCUGCAGGUCCUGCACGGCGUCCUGGCCAAGUGCUGGAGCCUGGACAUCGGCCCCAAGGAGUACGCCUACCUCAAGGGCGCCGUGCUCUUCAACCCGGAUCUACCAGGGCUGCAGUGUACACAGUACAUCCAGGGACUGCAGAGAGAAGCACAGCAAGCUUUAAAUGAACAUGUCAGACUGAUUCACAGAGGGGACCAGGCCAGAUUUGCCAAGCUGAAUGUUGCUCUUUCCUUGCUGAGAUCCAUUAAUGCUAAUGUAAUUGCUGAACUAUUCUUUAGGCCUAUCAUUGGCACAGUGAACAUGGAUGACAUGCUGCUGGAGAUGCUUUGUGCAAAAUUAUAAAGGCAUGUAUAAUAUACAGAUAAACUAAAUGCAAAGGAAAUCCUAGAGCAGAAUAGUGUACAGCACUGUAAAUAAACUAACUUAUUGUUUUUACAUAGAUAGUAUUUUUGUAUUCAAUAAUAAAAUAGUCAAGUUAUGACAUUACAUUUUUAUUAAAGCUAUUGCUUUUAGAAUAGCUUUCAGAAUUACAAUCAAAUUAUGCCUUUUAAACUGUUAAGAGUUUUAGUUUCCAAAGCUGAGGUGAAUAUUCUCUUGCCAUACCUCUGAAUAAAGAUCAUUUAUCUGUG